GAAAAAAUAGUGGAGCGCCAGCGCGGCCGCCCGCUAUAAAGUCGCCCGCGGACGGCUACGCCUGCCUCACCCACCUUGCCUCUGCCCUCCUCAGAUCCGCGCGCCUGCCUGCUCGAUUUGCUCUGCUCCCCCCUUGCCCCGCCCUUCGUCUCCGCCUGAUGAUCUCCGCGCCUCUGCGCGCGCCGGCCGCCGCCGGGGCGCCGUUGUUCCGGCCCGCCUCCGCGCCCAGGCCCAUCCGGAUCCGGUGCGCCGCCGCGGCCGCGGCCCCCGCCGCUCCGGCGCCCACGCUGUACGAGGUGCUGGGCCUGCGCGCCGGCGCCACGGUGCGGGAGAUCAAGGCGGCGUACCGGCGCCUGGCGCGGGAGCGGCACCCGGACGUGGCGGGCGCCGCGCCGGGGGCCGCCGCCGAGUUCGUCCGCCUCCACGACGCCUACGCCACGCUCUCCGACCCGGACAGCCGCGCGCGCUACGACCGCGGCGGCGCCGCGGUGGCCGCGGCCGUCGCGCAGCAGCGCGCGCGCCCGCGCUGGGCCGCCUCGGCGGGGGGCUACUACGGCCGCCCGCGCCGCACCUGGGAGACGGACCAGUGCUGGUAGCAGACUGUGUUAGGAGUAGGAACCCCUUGCCGCGCCGUGCUUGUUGUGAAUAGGUGUCGGCAGUCUAGAAACAACACAUCCUCCUGCCGCCAUGGCGGCUCACCUUGGUUGGAUUUUUAGUACCGGUGGCCAUCCAUGUGACUCCCCGUCCUUGUUCUUGCACUUGUCUGAGAUGUAAUCUUGAGAAGCGCAAAUUGACUUAUAUAAUGUAAGGUGGCUGCGAGGUUUGAAGGAA